AAUUACGAUAGAUACGGUAGGUGGCGGUAUGCACAUUUAAUGGCGGUUUUUCAUCAGAAGAAGUAGUCUGCUUCACAUCAGUACCAAGCGGGAAGGAGCGGGCUAGUGGUCGUGAAGUAGUUUGAGCAGCAGCACUUCUUGUAUUAUUUAGCCAGCAAGCAGCUAUCGGGCUAACGUUAGCUCACUAAGGAGCAACUGAAGACUGAACAUGCCGCGGGAAAUCAUAACGCUUCAGCUUGGACAGUGUGGAAAUCAAAUCGGGUUUGAGUUUUGGAAGCAGCUGUGUGCAGAGCACGGCAUCAGCCCAGAGGGGAUUGUUGAGGAGUUUGCAACCGAAGGGACCGACAGAAAGGAUGUGUUCUUCUAUCAGGCUGACGAUGAGCACUACAUCCCCCGUGCAGUUCUCCUGGAUCUGGAGCCGAGGGUGAUCCACUCCAUCCUCAACUCUCCUUACGCGAAUUUAUACAACCCAGAGAACAUCUACCUAUCCGAGCAUGGGGGAGGUGCUGGGAACAACUGGGCCAGUGGAUAUUCACAGGGCAAAAAAAUCCAAGAGGACAUCUUUGACAUCAUUGACCGGGAAGCAGAUGGCAGUGACAGUCUGGAGGGGUUUGUCCUGUGUCAUUCCAUUGCUGGGGGGACGGGCUCAGGACUGGGAUCCUAUCUACUGGAGAAACUUAAUGACCGGUAUCCAAAGAAGCUGGUGCAGACUUACUCUGUUUUCCCAAACCAGGAUGAGAUGAGUGACGUGGUCGUUCAGCCGUACAACUCGCUGCUCACACUGAAGAGGCUCACCCAGAACGCAGACUGCGUGGUGGUCUUGGAUAACACAGCUCUAAAUCGCAUCGCCACAGACAGGCUGCAUAUCCAGAAUCCAUCGUUCUCCCAGAUCAAUCAGCUGGUGUCCACCAUCAUGUCCGCAAGCACGACCACCCUGCGCUACCCGGGCUAUAUGAACAAUGACCUUAUUGGCCUGAUUGCAUCCCUCAUCCCCACACCCCGCCUCCACUUCCUUAUGACUGGGUACACACCACUUACCACUGACCAGUCGGUCGCUAGUGUGAGGAAAACCACAGUGCUGGAUGUGAUGAGGAGGCUUCUGCAACCCAAGAAUGUGAUGGUGUCCACAGGAAGAGAGAGGCAGCCAAGCCACUGCUACAUCGCCAUCCUUAACAUCAUCCAGGGAGAGGUCGACCCCACACAGGUGCAUAAAAGCCUCCAAAGGAUCCGGGAACGUAAACUCGCCAGCUUCAUUCCCUGGGGUCCCGCCAGCAUUCAGGUGGCUUUGUCCAGGAAGUCCCCAUACCUGCCCUCUGCGCACAGAGUCAGCGGCCUGAUGAUGGCCAACCACACAAGUAUCUCUUCUUUGUUUGAACGGACGUGCCGGCAGUACGACAAACUGCGUAAGCGAGAAGCCUUCCUGGAGCAGUUCCGCAAAGAGGACAUAUUCAAGGACAACUUUGAUGAGCUGGAUAACUCUCGUGAAGUGGUCCAGCAGCUGAUAGACGAGUACAGCGCAGCCACACGGCCUGACUACAUUUCCUGGGGCACGCAAGAACAGUGAACAGACUUUCUCCAAUCCUGGCAGCAUACAUGCUUAGCUAGUUUCUUCUUUUUUAAAUACACUUUUUAUUUGCAAAGAAAAAAACAAGGAUUGUUUAGACACUUGA